GGCUGUUUCGUGGCAUGGGAUUACCCUGAAACGCUAUUUUUACAUUUUUUUUCAGUAUUUCGGUAUCUUGACUCGGACAAACAGCAAUUUCCUAGAUUUUCUAAAGCACUAGAUGCAGACUUGUUGCAGGAACAGCAGCACGCCUUCUGUGCCGCCGCACUUCGCUGGACGUCGUGCCGUGUAAAACCCUGUCUUGAAUGGCGUUGAGAGAGGCUGUCCUUGCUCAAAGUCCUACCAGCGUUUCCUUGACAACGAAUAACUCGCCACCGCCACGCGGUCAACAUCUGGAUCAACGUUAGCUUUGCCGAGCUCCGACGAUAGCUACUCAUCGGCAGAGCGGACGGACGAACGUGAUCAAUACGGUUACCAGUGCGCCAUCACAGAAACAAGCUGUGCCACUCUGACCAGUUUAGCUCGCUCGCCAUUGGUAAAGUGGUAAAUUUUUUUUCUCUCUCUCAUUGUGUUUGGUAUCCUUGGGAGUCGUCUCGUUCUGUUUAGUGCUACGCAGGCUGUCUACCUCUGUGGGGGACGGUACCAACGGACUGCCAUCAGCAAUCAUCAGUCUAUCAAAGGUGAUUUCCACUACGAUCGAGCAGAAUAAUACCUCAACUACAGUCAGCCAUUAUGUGCGAAUUGACCAAGCCCAAUUAUGAGCUUCUCCUUUCGUCUGAAACCUUGGGUAAAGUGGUCGCUUAUAAACAACUUCUUGAAGCUGGGCCUCAGCAGCCUGGAGCGUACCUCUCAAGACAGCUUGAAGGCGUGUCACUGGCUGAUCUCACCACGGAGCAGUUCAUCGGAUUUCUUCUGAAAACGAAAGUUCCGUGCAUAUUCGCUGAGUCCAAACUUCGCUGUGAUGGUAGCGACUGGACUCCAGAAGAAGUAUCCAUUUUGGGGGAUAUAUGUGUUGCCGUUGAGGUGACAGUGUUUGAUAACGGUGUGUGGAGCACUUAUGAUCCACAGUUUAUACCGUACGACGAACCGUUUCCGGCGCAUCUGCUUUUCGUUCCCGGCGCUUUACUAUCGAAUCCGAAUUCGCCUGAUCUCAAAGAAGUUCUUGAUGAAGAUAAAGGGCUUAGCUUUGAUAAAUACGCCACAUUGAUGUGCCGACGGUUGAUGCCCGUCUUCGAUUAUAUCAACGACACUGCCACUGAAAGAAACAAGGCUCUGGUAACACUGCCUGGUAUCGGGUGCGGCCUCUUCGCCGGUGACUUCAUCGAAGUUUUUCCCGGUUACCUUGAAAAGACCCUAUUCAAUAUUCUGUCGAAUAAUCAUAAGCGCUGGAUUAACAUUGACUAUGUCGUGUUCGUGCCUUACAAAGGCAAGUCGACGACCUCCAUUCUGGGUCAUAUUUCAUACAGAGUUCGACCCUAUUUGACCCAUUUGAAACCUCAGCUGUCGAUGCCGGCCAUAUUUCAGGAAACCCACGAUAACCAACUGGACGACUUCUCCCAGUAUCAUCUGUACAAGCUUGUGGCAUGGGAUCACCUGUCCUACCCAGGAAGCGACUACUAUCUAGGAAAGCGUCACACCGAUAACGGAGUAUCAGCUGCCGCGACAGAUGUUAUGUCGAAACUGCUUGGUGUUGAAGGCAGUUACGAUGGCCGAGGAUAUUACAAACCGCCAAAAGAGUUUCUCAUUUGGAAUGACGUAGUAAAGGCCUACAACAUCGGUCUGUAUGUACAUCAAAAUCUUCGGGUAGCAGUAGAAACUCCGAAGAAUUAAUAGAACGCUCGUGUCGCCCUUUGUAAGAGAAAACGGCGCUAAGUGUUAUAUUAUAAAGGUGCUGGGUGGCCUAUUAUGCAUAUGACAAAAGAAGUGAGUGAUGUAUGCACAAAAAGACCCGUUUUUUCUGCCCCUUGAGCUUUAGCUACUGCAUAUUUCUGUGGCCCUUAGCAACAAAUAUGUCAACGGAUAAGCCACACGGGUACGGGUAGAAAUCGGCUUCGGUGAUAUUAUCUUCGAGUAAUAAUAUAUUUGAAUCCCUGGCUAAGUUGCAUCGUAUUCAAGCUGUGCUUGAACAAACCUCAUUGCAUUCGUACCUAGCUCAUUAUAUUGAAGUCGAUAAUAAGUCUGUGUAUGCAAUACGCUUCAAUAGCGUUGUAUUUAAGAAUUAAACUUACUUGCCUAAGGAAUGACCGGUUAUACCACUCUCUUCCGAUAUAUAUAUCGGAAGAGAAACGAACAAAUAUGCUGUGCCAUACAAUAAUAUUACAGACGUACGUAAAAGUAUUCGUGUAUACUUCACCACCUGAACCUCCACAAAUAUUUGUAUAUUUACUCACAGGACGUAUACGUACACAUGCAUAUACACGUUAAUUCAGCUGCUUCUGCGUGCAAAACCCUGUAUCUGUCUCCGUGCAGAUCUCUGCGCGGAUGAUGCAAAUAUACUCACGAAUGAAUGAUUGUAUAGCAUAACAUGCACUGAUCGUCUGUAACGGUUGCUUGUCAUUGCCGGUUCUUCUUGCCCACCUCUCUCCGCUUAAUAUUGUUUCAGAAAUCUAAACUGUAACCUAAAGACUAUGGGUGAACCAUAUACAAUACUAAGGUCCCUAAGCGCAAUGAGUGCCAAUGGUUGUCAGUAACGAGAACAGCGAUGGUGUUUUUAAUAGCAAUACGGAAUAAGAAAACGCUAGGUGCUAAAUCACCAAGACGUGGCAUGGUGGUCAACGAGAAAUUUCAGCAUCGUCUAUUACAGACAUAUUAACUGGCCAUUUUGUUUCUUGCACGAAGGAAAUAUCAUCAUUGAGAAAAUGAGCACGGUGAAAUCAGCACUGUCCGAUGAUGGUAUCUAUCUUGAUGCACCCAUUCACGUAACGUUUUUUUAACAAGCUCUUAUCGAAGCUCUUUAUAAUACUUAAGAGUUUUCACAGAUCCUCACGUCGACAGUGACGCAUAUAAAAUAGAAUAGACGCUCCCAUCAUUGUUACUGCUACGUCCGUAUGCAUUUUCUAUGUUAUUCUCCCAAACUCUUCCUCGCACUCGGAGUUUAGCUGUGAGACGCGCUGAUUAUGUACUCGAUACUUUACAUCUCUCUUCCAACUAAGACUCACCGAGAUCGUUGCAGUUCUCGAAAAACGAUUCCUCAGUGCGGAUGUUAUUAUCUCAGCUGGUAGCACCAUUCGAGCUCUGCACAGGUUGUCCAAUGGCGGUUAUCUAGCUUUCUCCGCGCUACUGACUCACGUUUGGCAGUUUUCUACAAGACUGGUAUUGUCGCUACUGCAACUGAUGUUUUCUGAACGUACAAAUUAACGCGGGAAGUUAUCGGUUCAUUCAUCGGGAGAGCCGUCAGUAAUGCCUGGGGCCAUUAUGUCCAUCAUUGGUGCCCAAUUUGGAAACAUCCGAAUGCGAGUGAACACCGGACACAGUAAGACAAUUUAAAAAGCUACGAAUAUGUACUAAGUUUCACCAUUUGUCGCUAUACGUGUGCUCGAUUGACAUGGAUAUUGUGUGAGUUAUCGAUUUAUUUCCUUUAGAUAAAAAGUCCAUUUGUAGAAUAAUUUAUUUUUAAUAUUUCGUUAUCAUUUUUAUUAUCAUUCUACAAACGCUACGUUCAAAUUUGCCUAAUUUGUAUACCCCAUGGUAAUAUUGAAUGCUUAUCUAACCUUGUUCUUUGUGUUUAUAUUUCCUUGUGUGCAUAUUGAGCUCAGAAUGUAUGUCAUUCUCAUAAACGCUAGAGGUUAGCCAAUGGCUUUAACGCAAUAUGCGCUUUGAGAUCAGAUAGGUCUGAUGGGGAUAGGCAUAAACAAAAACGUGCGGAUUUUCAAAAACGAAAAAAAAUAAAAGCGAGCUUGUAAGACAUUAAUAUGGAAAGAGGGUCCCGCGCCUGCGUGAAAAAUUCGUGCGUAUGUGACAUAAUCAGUACAGUGGCCGUAUUGAAAGGGGAAAAACUAAAAGAUUUUCUGUUAAAAUGUAUUCGUCAAAUGUACAGGUAACAAUAUACAGGUUGUAUUUUAUUGGGCAAAGUUCUACUUGUUGAAGCUGGAAUAAAGCGAAAGUCGGAUCUUAUCUAGGAAGGCACAAACGGAACAGACCUGAACCCGUUUAACUAGACAAUGAUGUUUACCCUAAAUAGUUAUUGACACGUAAUCAAAGCUAAGGAACUAACAAAAACUUUUUUGCUGCAAUAACAAUCAAUGCGCAGUAGGCUGAAAUAAUGCUACACUGACCCUGUAACCUUUUACAAACAAAAGGCUGCUUUCAGGGCUCACGAUUAGAAUUCAUUGACUAGACGGGUGGUUCGCUUUGUAACUCGAAAAAAAAAAAAAAAAAAA